GCAACCAAGAGUCUGAUUCUUUUGAGCUGAUGAGGCCUUUUUGAGUUUCUGGAGAACCCAGAGACAAUAUCAUGGACGUACUUCUACAAGUCCGAGGACAAACAGCGGCAACUUUCCAGAAAAGGAACGCCAUUAUCCGAAGUAUAUUGAGGUUGCACGCUUUGUCUUUGAUAUACUUUCUCUGUAGCGUUUGCUUCGAGAAUGUUUCGGCCGUUUCAGACCAAGUAUUCGUUGGAACUGGUGAAGACUCGAACAUCUUGAACUUUGACGAUAUCAAAACCACAGACGCCUUUGGCAAUAUCUCAACCCCUUACAACGGUCUGAUCUUUGAUGGUUUCUAUGCCUUUGACCCGUCCGAUGCUGGUCUCAAGGGUAUCAUCUGGCCAGGAGACACAAACUGUGCCGUGUCCAAACCGAAUGCUUUGUACGGCACAAGGGAGAAUUUCAAGUCGAACACCCCCAGCGACGACAAGUCCCUCCACUCUCGGUCUGAUCGGAAACCGUCAUUUCGACACCAAGACGAAGCCGGUGGCACUUUUACAGUCCACACCUUGAAAAUCAAACCGCUGGAUCUCCCGCUUGGGUUGGUCACCAUUCACCUGAAAGGUAUUCGGGCCGACUCCUCGACUUUGGCAUGGGAAGUGGACUUUCCAGCCGGUUAUCACGAUGUGUUGGAUGUUCGACUGCAAGAAUUCAGUGGGAGGGUCUGGGAUGGGCUGGAGAGGUUGGAGAUCUGGGCCGAUUUUCAUUACAACGACCUUGACAUGGAUUGGGAGUUUUGUGUCGAUGAUGUUGAUGUGGAGUUGGAGUAG